GCGGCGCCGCCCGCGCCCCGCCGCCCGGCACCACGCCCGCCGCAGGCCGAGGGCCAGUCACCCGCGGGCCUGCGCCCCGGCCGGCCCUUCCGCGCCCCGCCCCUGGCCCGCCGCGGGACGAGUAACGGUUACGAAGCACUUUCUCGGGGUCGGUUUCUGCUUAGUCAUUGUCUUCCAGGAAACAGCUCCCUCAGCCCGGCGGCCGCUCGAGUGCUGGCCGCAGAGACCGCAGCGGCCGUCCGCCCGUCCGCCCGUCCGCCCGCGCCGGCGCCGCCCCUCCGGGACCGCCUCUCCGUCGCCGCCCGGCCUCCUCGGGCCCGAGCGCACACCGGGCUGUGGCCGCGCGGAGCCCGGCAGCCUCGCUCGCGCUCGCCUCUCGGGCCUGGGGACACCGCGCCCUGCGAGGCAGCCGUCUUCCCGCCCGGCCCUCCGCGGCCCCGUCGCUCCCCGGUUCCCCCCGUCUAGGCGGCAGCUGCCAUGGGCACCGACAGCCGCGCGGCCGGGGCGCUCCUGGCGCGGGCCAGCACCCUGCACCUGCAGACGGGGAACCUGCUCAACUGGGGCCGCCUGCGGAAAAAGUGUCCGUCCACGCACAGCGAGGAGCUUCGAGACUGUAUCCAAAAGACCUUGAAUGAGUGGAGUUCCCAAAUUAGCCCGGACUUGAUCAGGGAAUUUCCAGAUGUCUUGGAAUGCACUGUGUCUCAUGCACUUGAGAAGAUAAACCCCGAUGAAAGAGAAGAGAUGAAAGUGUCUGCAAAACUGUUCAUUGUAGGAUCAAAUUCUUCAUCAUCAACUAGAAGUGCAGUUGACAUGGCCUGCUCUGUCCUUGGAGUUGCACAGCUGGACUCUGUGAUCAUUGCCUCUCCUCCCAUUGAAGAUGGAGUCAAUCUUUCCUUGGAGCAUUUGCAGCCUUACUGGGAGGAACUAGAAAACUUAGUUCAGAGCAAGAAAAUUGUUGCUAUAGGCACCUCUGAUCUAGACAAGACACAGCUGGAGCAGCUGUACCAGUGGGCACAGGUAAAACCAAAUAGUAAUCAAGUUAAUCUUGCCUCCUGCUGUGUGAUGCCACCAGAUUUGACUGCAUUUGCUAAACAAUUUGACAUACAGCUACUGACUCAUAAUGACCCAAAAGAACUGCUUUCUGAGGCAAGUUUCCAAGAAGCUCUUCAGGAAAGCAUCCCUGACAUUGAAGCCCAGGAGUGGGUACCGCUGUGGCUGCUGAGAUACUCUGUCAUCGUGAAAAGCCGAGGAAUCAUCAAGUCAAAAGGCUACAUUUUGCAAGCCAAAAGAAGGGGUUCUUAACUUCAACUCAAGCUCAUAACUUACUGACCUGUAUUUAUCUCAAACAUAAGAUAAAAAAUUCAUAAGAUAAAAUGAGAUGUGUAAAAAAUCUAGCUAUUGCCUAUAAGAAGUGUCGUUGAGGCAAUGUGUUGUCAAGUUGUGAAUACUUCUCUUGCCUCUGCAUCAGCACACUCGCAGGAACCACUGUAUUGUUUUCAUUAAACUAUUGUUUUCUAACUAAAAUUGUCUAUAAAGAAAAAUACUUGCAAUAUAUUUCCUUUAUUUUUAUGAGUAAUAGAAAUCAAGAAAAUUUGUUUUUAGAUAUAUUUUGGCUUAGGCAUCAGGGUGAUAUAUAUAUACAUAUUUUUUAUUUCCAAGAUUUAUUAAUUGCUUCUUACUCUAUACUUCUAUACUCUAUAACUAAGCAAUUAAAUUACAGUUGUUAAAAUAGAUACUAGAAGAUAUUUUUUCCUGUCAUUGGCAAAAUAAUCUAUCUCAGAGUAACUACAGCAGCUGGGCUCUACUAGUAAUGUAAAUAAAAUUCAUUCUUUGAUCCAUGAA